CUCGCAAUUUCACUGCGCCACCCGUGCAGAGAAAUUCCCUCAUUUCUCAGCAAAUCGAAAAUAUCUUCAUCAAUCGAUCAACAACUGAAACGAACAAACACGAAAGAAAAUCCGACAUGUCCACCGCCGCCGCCGCCUCCGCCGCCGUGAACCUCCCGGGCCACCGCCCAGCGCCGCCGCCCGCCUCGGCCACCCAGCCCGGGGCCCGGACGGGGCCGGACUCCGACCCAUCCGCGGCCCGCAAGCUCAAGGGCAGCGCCCAGCUGAACCGGUGGUCCAGGGCCCGCGCGAUCCGGUCCGGCCGGAAGCUGGACCGGCCGGUCCGGAAGUCCCCGGCGCCGGAGCGUCCGGGUCCUCAGGCGGCGUUGCUCGACGGGCUGUUGUCGGGGACGUCGGGGGACGCGGAGGGCUCGGCUGGUAGCGACGGCGACGAUGACGCGGAGAUGACGGCGACGGCGAUGGCGACGGCGGGGAAGCAGAUAUACAUGGUCUCGGACGGGACGGGGUGGACGGCGGAGCACUCCGUCAACGCCGCGCUGGGCCAGUUCGAGUUCUGCUUGGUGGAUCGUGGGUGUUCUGUGAAUACCCAUUUGUUUUCUGGGAUAGAUGAUGUGGAGAAGUUGCUGGAGAUUGUAAGGCAAGCUGCGAGAGAAGGUGCAAUACUUGUUUACACCCUUGCUGACCCUGAGAUGGCCGAAUCAGCAAGACAAGCCUGCAAGCUUUGGGGCUUACCAUCCACUGAUGUCCUUGGGCCAAUCACUGAGGCUGUUGCUACCCAUUUAGGUGUCUCUCCUUCUGGCCUUCCCCGUGGUGCACCUGGGAGGAGCUUCCCUCUUACAGAUGAGUAUUUUAAAAGAAUUGAAGCGAUCGAGUUUACAAUAAAGCAAGAUGACGGUGCAUUGCCGCAAAACUUGCAUAAGGCAGAUAUCGUCCUUGCUGGCGUUUCUCGAACUGGAAAGACUCCGUUAUCGAUUUAUUUGGCUCAAAAAGGUUACAAAGUGGCAAACGUGCCUAUUGUCAUGGGUGUAGAGCUGCCAAAGACUCUGUUUGAAGUAGACCCAGAGAAGGUAUUUGGUCUCACGAUCAAUCCUGUUGUCUUGCAAACGAUAAGAAAAGCCAGAGCUAAGAGCAUGGGCUUCAGUGAGGAGUCUCGGAGUAAUUAUUCAGAGAUGGACCAUGUCAGAGAAGAACUGGAUUUUGCUGGGAAGAUUUUUUCUCAAAAUCCAGUUUGGCCUGUCAUUGAGGUGACGGGAAAAGCAAUUGAAGAAACCGCAGCUGUUGUUUUGAGGCUUUACCAUGACAGGAAGCAAAGAUGUUCGAUGCCAAGAAUCUCAAAGCGAUAUUAAGAGAAGAGGAAGUCAACUUCCAAGUCCUCAUGUACCAAGAUGAGAUGCUGAAGCUGUAUACUGCACCAAAAGGAGUCCUUUGCUGCUUGAGCUUUCAUUCCCGCAUCUGAGCAAGGUCUGGUUACAAAGCAUAGAGUGAUCUGACUGUGUUCUAUUAAUUUAUGUGAAUUUCACCAACAAUUAUGCUGAAGCAUCAUGGAUGUUUCCAUGUGUUUUUCUUCCAAUAUAACCACAUAGUUGCUAGGGCGGAAAAAGCAUUGCCAAUGCUUCUGCUGAGGUCGUUAUUUUGUUGCUGUAGCACAAUAUCUAAUAAUACCUACCUACAGAGUAUGUAAGCAUCCUCGUACACUCGUGAUGCAAGUUGUAUUUUUGUACAUAGCACUUAUAAUGUCUUUCACCUUUUGAAGAAAUGAUGUAAUAAAUUAAAAUCAUAUGGCAAUCCUCGUCAGAUGAAUUAAAUGCAUGGUUGGUAUUGGUUCUUA